ACACUACAGGCAUGGUGACAGAAGAACUCCAUGCGCCACAGAUUUCUGACACGCUUUGUCAAAAGCUGAAAGUCUCUUGAAGAGAAGGAGCACACUCUUUUAGGCUCUGGCUGGGUCUGAACAACUGACAGCACAAUGGCUAUGGACUCUGACAGACCACCGGGCUUCUGUUUGGUGGAUUAUGCGGUAUUUGCUGCAAUGCUGGGGGUGUCGGUGGGCAUCGGGCUGUUCCAGUCUUUGAGAAAGACCCCGGGUCGCUCUAAAGUGGACAGCUUCUUCACAGGCGGCAGGGGUUUCUCUGCUGUGCCGGUUGGACUGUCGCUCUGUGCCAGCUUUAUGUCAGCUGUACAGGUGCUCGGUGUGCCAUCAGAGACGUAUUUGUAUGGCUUCAAGUUCCUGUAUAUGUGCCUGGGACAAGGGCUCAACUCCCUCAUGACGGCCGUUCUGUUUGUUCCUGUGUUUUAUCGCCUUAAAAUCACCAGCUCAAGCCAGUAUUUAGGAAUGAGGUUUGGCAGAGGGAUGCAGCUCUUGGGAAGUUUGCAGUUCAUUGUAGCAACUCUCCUCUACACUGGAAUAGUGAUCUUUGCUCCUGCAGUCAUCUUGAAUCAAGGCAAAUGAAAUAAACUGAUGUUCUUUCAAUUGAGUUACACUGAUAGUCUUGGCUUCAAGUGUCCAUUUUAUCUCAGUCAAGUUGGAUGGCAAAUAAGUAUCCCAAAGUUAUGUUAUCGCUUUAGGCCUUUUAUUCUAAUCAAUCUUUUCUUCUUUCCUGAAUAAAGCCACAGGCCUGAACAUGUGGGCGUCUCUUUUCUCAACUGGGCUCAUCUGCACAUUUUACACCACAGUGGGUGGCAUGAAGGCUGUAAUUUGGACAGAUGUGUUUCAGAUUGUAGUCAUGCUCUCUGGGUUCAUUGCAGUCUUUAUUCAGGGCACUAUAUUGGCAGGAGGGCCUGCCAGAGUUUUGGAGAUUGCCAACAAUGGAUCCCGUAUCAAUUUUAAUGAUUUUGCGAUAGACCCUCAGAGGCGGUACUCAUUUUGGAGCUUCACAGUGGGUGGCACUAUGGUCUGGUUAUCCAUGUAUGGAGCCAAUCAGGCCCAAGUACAGCGAUACAUAUCGUGCAGGACUGAGAAACAAGCUCAGCUGGCGCUGCUGGUGAAUCAGGUGGGUCUGUGUCUGAUUGUGAGCAGUGCUGCCACCUGUGGAAUUGUGAUGUUUGCUUUAUACUCCAACUGUGACCCACUGAAGAUCGGCAGAAUAUCUGCACCUGACCAGUACAUGCCGUACCUGGUUUUGGACAUUUUCCGGAAUCAUCCUGGCUUCCCGGGUCUUUUUCUAGCCUGUGCCUACAGUGGGACUUUAAGUACCGUCUCCACCAGCAUCAAUGCCAUGGCUGCUGUCACUAUGGAGGACGUGAUGAAGCCGUGGUUAAUCACCAUUUCACAGAGAAAACAGCUCAUGCUCUCCAGAGCUUUAUCGCUGUUCUAUGGGCUUGGCUGCAUUACAAUGGCUGCACUCUCCUCUCUGCUGGACUGGGGAGUACUUCAGGGUUCAUUCACAGUGAUGGGUGUAGUGAACGGUCCACUGCUGGGAGCAUUUGCCCUCGGCAUGUUUGUUCCCGCCACAAAUAAACCGGGGGUUUUCUCAGGCGUGGCAGUGGGUUUCUGUCUGUCUCUAUGGCUUGCUGUUGGAAGCACGAUUUAUCCUCCUUCACCACAAAUUAUGGGUGUUUUGCCCACUAGUGCUGGACAGUGUCUGACAACUAAUGCAACACUCAACACCACAGCAUCUGUCCUGGCUUCAUCAGUCCCUCUGGAUUACAGCUUUCAAAACAUCUAUUCAAUAUCCUACCUGUACUUUGGAGCUCUGUCAACUAGUGCAGUCGUGCUGGUUGGUGUGGUGGUCAGUUAUAUUACAGGACCCACUAAGAAGGAUUCUAUCAGUCCAGGUUUGUUACGGUGGAACUUGGAACAAAAGCCCUGCGAUGCAUCUUGCCAUAUUUUGAAUGAAACUAUAACACUGAAUCCCACAGAAAUCCUUCUGACUCCAAAGGAACUUUUUCCGAUUGCUGCUGAUAAACAAGAUAUUUUACUCACCAAAGGGGAAAUUUAGACAUGUGCCAGAUUUGUUUUGUCGUAUUUUAAACUAAUAUCCAAAUGCCGAUUAACUCAAAUAAAUGAAUUCUUGUGGAAAAGCAAA